UCCUUUGACAUCCUUCGACAACCAGCCGACUCUCGACCUCGUCCGGACCUUCAAAAUGGCCGCUACUACCUCCGUUCCCACCCAGAACCAGGUCCUCGUUCCCGAGACCCUUCUGAAGAAGCGCAAGUCCCAAGAGGCUGCCCGCGCUGAGCGCCGUGCCGAGGCCGAGAAGACCAAGAAGGCCAACAAGGAGAAGCGUGGAGUUAUCUUCAAGCGUGCCGAGUCUUACGUCCAGGAGUACCGCACCGCUGAGCGCGAGAAGAUCCGCCUCAACCGCGUUGCUCGCCAGGAGGGCAGCUUCUUCGUUGAGGGUGAGCCCAAGCUCGUCUUCGUUGUCCGUAUCAAGGGUAUCAACAAGAUUGCUCCCAAGCCCCGCAAGAUCCUCCAGCUUCUGCGUCUGCUCCAGAUCAACUCUGGUACUUUCAUUCGCCUCACCAAGGCUACUCAGGAGAUGUUGACCAUCGUCAACCCCUACAUUGCCUACGGUUACCCCAACCUGAAGUCCGUCCGCGAGCUUCUGUACAAGCGUGGUUACGGAAAGGUCGACAAGCAGCGCACUCCCCUCACCGACAACCAGAUCAUCGAGGAGCACCUCGGCAAGUUCGGCAUUGUCUGCAUGGAGGAUCUGAUCCACGAGAUCUACACCGUUGGCCCCAACUUCAAGCAGGCCAACAACUUCCUGUGGCCCUUCAAGCUGUCCAACCCUACCGGCGGUUUCCGCACUCGCAAGUUCAAGCACUACAUCGAGGGUGGUGACACCGGUAACCGUGAGGAGAACAUCAACGCUCUCAUCCGCCAGAUGAACUAGAUUCCUUCGC